ACGUGCUCUUGAACGCCCGGAUGAUGUCACCAUGUCACCUGGCAGAUGUAAGCCGCAAACAGUGAGCUGAGAGGUGAUGAUGUGUGACUACGGUGACUAGUGAGGAUAUAACUUGCUUUACAUAGCACUCUAAAGCGGAGGUUCUUCAUUUGGAUAAGGAACCAACGGAAGCAGUUAUGACAGACAUAAGUCGACAGCUGCAGGACUAUUUGAGUCGUAAUGAUGUACGAAGAGAAACAAAAUUUUUUGGUGGCGAAUCUCUAAAGAAACUUUUGGGCUCGUCGACAGAAGACUCAGCUGACACUACUGGCAAUAGCAACCAGUGGAUUGCCGAGGCAGAAAAAGACUCGUGUCUACCUUCUUUGUCUAAGAAACAAAGGAUUGUUGGAUUCAUGGCGUUUAUAGCAAUGGGAAUUUUCUGCUUAACGUUGGCAGGGAUGUAUGCUCCAUUCCUGGUGCUCAAGGCAAGAAAAUUUGCUCUUCUCUACACAAUGGGUAGCCUAUUUAUAAUUAGCAGCUUUGCACUUCUGUGGGGACCAACGAACCAUAUAAAACAUUUAUUUUCAAAAGAGAGAUUACCAUUCACGUUAACAUACUUUGGAACAAGUUGCUUGACGCUUUACUUUGCCUUGUGGGAGAGAAACACAUUACUCACUGCCAUAUUUGCAGUCUGCCAGCUUGUCAGUCUUUUGUGGUACAUCGUUAGCUACAUUCCUGGAGGUCAAACUGGGCUCCGUUUCUUCUCAAAAAUAUUUACUUCAGUUGUAACAAGGACGGCAAGCAAAGCAUUACCUGUGUAAACGACUGGAUUGCAGAUGCCCGUGAAGUCAUGUCACAGCAGUACUCCUGCAGUGUCUAAGCAUAUAGAAAAGAGGCCUUCGUUUGUUUUGUACAUAUAGCCUUCCAUUGCAUUAUCUCAUCUUGUAAACUACCAAUACAGAGUCUUAAUAAAAAUGUAUAUGCA